AUGCGGUUCAACCCCUUGUUGGCCGCGGACUUGAUGUACUCGUACUCGCGAGCCGGAUCGCUCACGGCAACGAGGCGGCAGCGCCAGUCUGUCAUCAAGCACCUCGGAACCCAGAAUGUUGGUGCCGCAGAUGGCACAGUUUAUCCCCAGAAGUCAUCGAUGUUCAACAUCAAAUCGUCGUUCCAUUCAGGAAUACAAGGCGGCGGCUCGGCCUGUUCGAAGGACAGAGGUGGUGGAGCUGAGUGGUCGUCCAUAGCGACUAGCAGCUAA